AUGGGAGACCCGCAGCGAGCCACCCAGUCCAUCUCCGAUGACAAGCCCCAGCUUGUCGAUGGCCACAAGGCCCAUCGCCGCUUCGGCUGGAAGAAGUGGGCGAUUGUCGCUGUCGCCGUCAUCGUAGUACUGGCACUGGCACUUGGUCUCGGGCUCGGCCUUGGGCUCCGCAACAGUGGCGGCGACGACGACGACGAUGACAAUGGGAAUGGCGGCCAGCCAACCGGCCCGGGGAACGGCACGUUCGACACCCCGACGAGCAACCUAACGCUGAACUCCCAGUGGCAGAUAGUGCUCAGCGAGACCCUCUCGGUAGACGACAACGGCAACGUCUCCCCCACCAACACAAGCAACCCACAGGUGUCCGUCUACGACAUCGACAUGUUCCUCCACCAAAACCUGACCGUCGUACGCGACCUGCAGAAGCUCAACAUGACGGUCAUCUGCUACUUCAGCGCCGGGUCCUACGAGCCGAACCGCCCCGACUCGUGGAGGUUUCAGGACGACGACAAGGGCAAGGAGCUGGACGGCUGGCCCGGCGAGUACUGGCUCAAGCUGGACAGCCAGAAUGUCCGCAACAUCAUGACGGACCGCAUCGCCAUAGCUGCCGACAUGGGCUGCAACGCCAUCGACCCGGACAACGUGGACGGCUACGACAACGAGAACGGGCUCGACCUGAGCGAGGAAGACUCGGUCAACUUCAUGCGCUUCCUGGCCAAGGAGGCCGCGGACAAGGGCAUGAUCACAGGCCUCAAGAACGCCGCCGCCAUCAUCAACAGCGUCAUCGACGUCGUGCACUUCUCAGUGAACGAACAGUGCGUGCAGUACAACGAGUGCGCAGACUUCUCUGCCUUCCCCGACAAUGACAAGCCUGUCUUCAACAUCGAGUAUCCCGCCGGUGACGGCGAGACGGACGUCAAGGCAUUCUCCACCAGCACCGUGAGCAGCAGCUGUGACAAGGGGACCAGCGACAACGGCGAGGGCUUCAACACGGUCCUCAAGUACAUGAACCUCAGUGGGUGGGUCCAGUACUGCAACGGAGACACGUACACGACCGAUGGGCAGUAG